CUAAAACCAAGCGAGGAGCUAUCCCGGAUGAGAACGGAAAACCCCGCUCCACCAUUUUACGGGUUUUCAUAACCCUCUCUAAACCCUAGAACUAGAGAUUGAUCGAUCAUGGCGAAGCAAUCGAUCCGGGUGCUAUCGUGGGGUAUAGUGGUGGCGAGAAGGCUAUGCACGGCCCCGGCGCCGGCUAAGGCGGCGGCGACGACCGGGACGGAGGCGGGAGGGUCGCCGAUGUGGAGGCCGUUGUAUCGGCGGCUGUCGGCGCUGGGCGGAGCUCAGGGAGGCAGCGUGACGGAGACGAUGAACGGAUGGCUGAAGGAGGGAAGGGUGGUGACGGAAGUGGAGAUCAAGAGAUUCGUCAAGGAGCUCCGCAAGUACAACCGCCACAGGCACGCCCUCGAGGAACAAAAUUUCCAGACAAAUCCGAGUCCAAACAAGCCAAAACUUGUCCUUGCUGCAUGGAACCACUCGCAUCUGAUGGAUUGGAUGGAAAGUAGAGGAAUGAUGUUUUCUUUUGGAGACCAUGCAGUACGCCUGAAUCUUAUAUCAAAAGUAAAGGGGAUAGAUAUGGCAGAGGAGUAUUUUUCCAGUCUUCCAGACUUGGCCAAGAACCAGCAGACCUAUGGAGCUCUGCUAAACAGCUAUAUCCAGGAAAAAAUAGCAGAUAAGGCUAUUGCUCUCUAUGAGAAGAUGAAAGAACUGAACUUGGUUUCCACCACUCUGGUCCAAAACAAUCUAAUGACCCUGCACAUAAAGUUAGGCCAGCCCAAGAAGGUUAUAGAGCUAUUCCAAGAAAUGAAGGCAAAUGAUAUAUCUCCAGAUAAUUUUACAUACUGUAUGUUGAUGAGCAGCUAUGCUGCAAUGAAUGAUAUUAACUCAGUCGAGAGAGUCAUAGAAGAGAUGAAAGAGGGAGGAAUCACCUUAGAUUGGACAAUAUAUAGUAAUCUGGCUGCCCAUUAUAAUUCAGCAGGCCUAUUUCAGAAAGCCGAAUCUGCUCUGAAGAAGCUUGAGGAGGUUAUUGACAGGCGGGACCGUACAGCUUUCCAUUGUCUUAUAAGCUUGUAUGCAGGUGCGGGUAAUUUAGCAGAGGUCAGUAGGGUGUGGAAAUCUCUAAAGGCAGCCUUCGCAAGGACCACCAAUAUGAGCUAUCUCGUCAUGCUUCAGGCUCUAAAUAAACUAGAUAAUAUUGAUGAACUGAAGCAAUGCUUUGAAGAGUGGGAAUCUGCUUGUGUGACUUAUGACUUGAGGUUGGUGAAUGUCUUGAUAGGGGCUUACCUAAGGAAGGAUAUGGUCAAAGAAGCUUUGACUCUUUGGGAAAAGGCUAUGCAGAAGAAUGCUCAAUCUGACUUCCGGACUUCUGAGUUGUUUAUUAGUUACUACUUGAAGAGCCAAGAAAUGGAUUUGGCUUUAAAGUGUUUGGAGGCUGCCACAAAUUUGGCAAAAAAAAAUGGGUGGAAACCAAAGAAAAAACUGGUGAAUGAAUUUCUGAAGUAUUUUGAGGAAGUAAAAGAUGUGGAUGGAAUGGAGUCAUUUUGUAAGAUCUUAAAGCAGCUUGCCUAUCCAGAUGCAGAAGCUUAUGAAUCUUUGCUCAGGACAUCCUUGGCUUCCAGUAAAACAGAGCCUUCUCUUCAUCAGUAGAUCAAGGAUAAUGGGAUUGAAGUGAGAUCUGGAACCGAAAAGUUACCUUGAAGGGUCACUGUGACUGAUUAGUGAGCUUUCUACCUAGCAGCCGUAUGAAAAGACAAAGGAGUUGAACUCUAUCUCAUUUUCAGUUUUUUGUUUUCCUCUCACCUAUUGAAUAGCAAGAAAAUACAGAUCCUUCUUGUUGGUCUUACUAAAACAAAAGCGAUAUGCUAUUGUAUUCACCAUUAGAAUUACUCUGUUGUUGAUGGCAGUGUGACUAGUGACUGGUAGCCGAAGGUCAUACAUUUAAGAUGAUAGCUCAUUUUCUUUACCCCAAUCAGAAUACCAGUGCUUGAGAUCUAGGAAUUGAAGCUACUGGACGCAUCCUCUUUAGUGGAUGACUUAGACCCUGUUUCUGUUGAUGGUAAGUCCAGAAGUAAAGUGUUUCCACGCAAGGUUGCAGAUUGACUCUGAAAGGAUGAAGUAACCCUGGGAAGCCAGCUUGCAUUUUGAAGGUUUCUACUGUUUCACCCUUCGAUGCCAUGAUCAUUAAGGUCUAGUUGUUGUUGUUGUUGUUUAUUUUUAUUUUUACUUUUAUUUUUUUUAAGUGGAGAAAGGGAAAUGGAGGAGAUCUGUUGGUUCUUUAAUUACCCUGUACCAAAUGCUUGGGAUACGAUAUCUAAGAUUUGUACCCCGAACCUCUACUUGCAGAGCAUAGGGGUAUGAUUAUUGGGACAAGCCUCAAUCGUUAAUUUGGUUUGUUUUAUGACUUUCUUUGUCUGAAAAGAAACUUACUGGAAUAGUCUGUACAUUUUGAA